AGUGGUACCAGUUAAGCGGACUGCAGCAGCUCUACUAACGCCCGUCAUUCCGUCCCGGUCCAUGGGGAUCUUUUGUAUCACAAUUGUCUUUGUUUGGCUAGGCGACGAGGAAGCACUCAAGGUCGUGUUGAAAACGCCGCAGUGGCAGUACUUGGACACCCCCAUCGGCCGCCUAGCCCGCACCCUGACCAUGUACUCGACGGCCAGCAGUGCAUCGACCGCGAAGCAAGCCGUACGCCCCAACAAUGCGCCACCCGCAGUCAUGGUGGCUCCAGCGGCAGCCCCAGCAGUGGUGGCGUUGUCACCGGCCCAGCAUGUCGAAGAGGCGGAUGUGCUCGUUGCAACCGCCGCCGUGCCGGCCGAGCCUGCAUAUGCCCACGAGCCAGCAGCUUCCGAGUUUGACCUGACUUAGGACGCCCAUCGGCAGCACGCACGAAAUCUACCAAUUCCUCCACCUGCACGGCAUGAUCUGAAUGCUCUGUCCACGAGUUGUCAGCCGAGGGAUGCACGUGAAUUGGUCAGGUGCAUCGUGUUAUGUUGCAUGACGGCCAGACGGCAGCCGGGUCGGCAUUGCUAAGGAGUGCACGGUGGCUUGGCGCGCACCAUUCGAUAGCUACGAAGGUCUGGUAAAGUAAACUGACCCCACGUCAAAACGUGGACGAAAACUCAUGGAAGACUUGGUC